UGGUAAAGGGUCCUUAUGUCUAGAGCCGAAACGCCUUCAGUAUUUUGGGGUCGAAACGACUUGAGGCCGAAUGAGUCGAAAUCGUUGAUUCUAGCUGCCAAAUCAGAAAUGAAACUGCGUUUGCGUUUAGAUAAAAUUAGCAAAGUCAUCGAUAUUAGUGAUGAAAUAUCUGAAGAUUUGACUGUAGAUGAUCUAUCAGAGAGAGCUUUGAACGUAUUUCAAGAUUGUUUAUAUGGAGAGUACUUUUUAAGUCUGAACAAAAAAGAUGCACUUAAUGGACAACUGAAAGUGAAAGGAGACUGUGACAUUGUGAGUGGAGAUCUUAUCUACAUUGUACAGGUUGGGGAUCAAAUUACUGGAUCUUCAGCUGCUAGUUCACAAAUUGCCACUGCAACAGAUGCUAAGGGCAAUACAGUGGAAACUGCAUCAAAAAUAAACUUUGGUGAGAAAAAGAUUGAUGAAAAUAAAUCUAGCGGAAAUAAUGCCCAGUCAGCAAUGCCUAUAGAUACAGGACGGCCAGGUACCAGUGCUGAAUGUUCCAUGGAACCAGAAACAGAUGCAAGCUAUGAUGUUGCCAUGGAAACUGAGGAAGAAACAGUAGAUCAUGUAGUUGUGAAGCAGUGUUUGAGUGAACCUGUUUUAUGUAGAGAAGCAGUAAAUGGGACAGUACCAGCCUUGUUACAGGAAAUAUAUACAUGUCUAGAGCCUAGAGACAUGGCAGAAUCUCUUUGUAUAGCUUUACAUGUGUUGAUGCUGGAAACUGGAUUUAUUGUAUACACUGAGCAAGACGAGAUAGGUGUUUCCCAGUUACCAGUUGAAUGGCGAUACAGUGGUUACUUUAAGUUCUCCUACACAUACCCAGGUUGUGCUGAUACCUCAUGCUGUAUAACAGUUAUAACUACAGGAAAUUCUGUCAUUGUACAUGGUAAAGUAUUGGGAUCAAAUGAUGCCACUAGACAGUGUUCAUUAAAGCCAGCAGACUAUGUGAAGACAGUAGGUACAGACUGUACAAAGUGUUACUGUCAGUUAGCUAAGCUGUCAAUGUUGUUCAAGGACGCCAUUGCAAACCCUCUAGUUCAUGAUAUCAGGACAGCUGCAGGACUGGAAGAUGUGUUUGGACUUCUAGCACUUACCCAGGAGAUCAAGUUACGUAUAUUAAGUUUUCUGGACCUGAGAAGUUUACUGAAGGUGUCUUGUGUUAAUACAGAAUUAUUAGAGAUCAGUAAAGAUCCUUACUUGUGGAGAUGUCUUUAUCUGAGAAAUUUUGGCAAUAGAAGAGAUAACAGUUUAUCACAAAACUGGAAGGAGCUUUAUAAACGUGAAUACAAGAGUAGAAAAGAGAGAAGGAAAGCAAUGAAUCGCAUGAAGAUAGUAACACCACGUUACUGGGGACCAGCUAACCCUUUCAGUGGCCCUAGUAACUGGAUCCCACCUGGCCCAGGAGGUAUUAUUGGAGGGGAUUAUGAUUUAUAUCCUAGUUUUCCAGGUAAUUUACCAGGUGUUCCUGGGAGGAUGGGACCUAGACCACCUUCAUUACCUAGACCUAGGUACGAUCUCAUAGGACCUGGACCAGAUAUUGAUCCUGGCCCUGACCCAGGUUUUAUCCCUCGUAGACCAGGACCUGGCAGAGGUGGUGGUAGAGGAAAUAAUCCGUUCAGUGGGUUUGGGGGUUUUGGACCUAGAUUCUUUUAAUCUUUUGAGUACUUGCAAAGGUCAAGAAAAGCCUGUGCAGCCAGCAUAGAGCCAGCUCCAACCAGCAUGCUACACAAGUCUGACACCAAUAUACUUGUGGUUGCUUAACUUCAGUAUUUUUUUGAAAUUGAAAUCCAUUGAGCUAAUAUUGAAUAGACCUUUCAAAGUCAAAGCAGGACAAGUCUAAAACACAGAAUUGACAAUAUACAAACAUACAUAUUUGCUUACAGAGACAAUGUUCUAGCUUUUAACCAGGAGAGGAAGUCAAAUUUUACUAUUUACUAUUUUUCCAUUUAGUGAAAUAAAACUGUUUUAUAUUUAUUAGCUCACCUGUCACAAAGUGACAGGGUGAGCUUUUGUGAUCGCUUUUCGUCCGGCGUCCGUCCGUCCGUCCGUAAAUUUUUAGUUUAAAUGGCAUCUCCUCAUAAACCACUAAGCCAAUUUCAUCCAAACUUCACAGGAAUGAUCCCUUGGUGGUCACCUUUAAAAAUGUUCAAAGAAUAUAAUUCCAUGCAGAACUCUGGUUGCCAUGGCAACUGAAAGAAAAAACUUUAAAUAUCUUCUUUUAAAAAACCCAAAGAUCUCGAGCUUAGAUAUUUGGCAUGAAACAUCUUCUAGUGAGUGUCUACCAAGUUUGUUCAAAUAAAAGCCCUGGGGUGAAAAUUGGCCCCGCCCAUGGGGUCAUUGAAUUUGCCUAUAUACAUAAAGUAAAAACUUAAAAAAUCUUCUUUUAAAGAACCCAAAGAGCUAGAGCUAAGAUAUUUAGCAUGAAAUAUGUUCUAAUGGGUGUCUACCAAGUUUGUUCAAAUAAAAGUCCUAGGGUCAAAAUUGGCCCCGCCCCGGGGGGUCAUUGAUUUUCCCUAAUUGCAUAUAGUAAAAACUUAAAAAAUCUUCUUUUAAAGAACUCAAAGAGCUAUGGCUAAGAUAUUGAGCAUCAAACAUGUUCUAAUAGGUGUCUACCAAGUUUGUUCAAAUAAAAGCCCUGGGGUCAAAAUUGGCCCCGCCCCGGGAGGUCAUUGAUUUUCCCUAAUUGCAUAUAGUAAAAACUUAAAAAAUCUUCUUUUAAAGAACUCAAAAAGCUAUGGCUAAGAUAUUUAGAAUCAAACAUGUUCUAAUAGGUGUCUACCAAGUUUGUUCAAAUAAAAGCCCUGGGGUCAAAAUUGGCACCGCCCGGGGGUCAUUGAUUUUCCUUAUAUGUGUAUAGCAAAAACUUAAAAUCUUCUUUGAAAAAACCCAAAUAGCUAGAGUUUAGAUAUUAAGCAUGAAACAUCUUCUAGUAAGUGUCUACAAAGUUUGUUCAAAUAAAAGCCCUGGCCCGGCCCCAGGGGUGUCAUUGUUUUUAACUAUAUGUGUAUAGUAAAAACUUUAAAAAAAUCUUCUUUUAAAAAGCCCAAUGAGCUAGAGCUUAGAUGUUUAGCAUGAAACAUCUUCUUAUGGGUGUCUACCAAGUUUGUGCAAAUAAAAGCCCUUGGGUUAAAUUGGCCCUGCAACAUUGGGGGGGGGGGCCUAUAUACAGGUGAGCAACCUCAGGGCCAUCAUGGCCCUCUUGUCUUAAAGUAGCUAAGGUUAAAGCCUCAUUGAGGGACAUCGAAUAGAUAUUCAAAGGUUCUUAUGCUUUACCAUUCUUCCCUUCAAAGGUUUUCAUACUUCCUCACUCAUCUCUUCAAAGGUUCUUAUACUUCCCCAUUAAUUUCUUCAAAUGUAAUAAUACUUUCUCACCCCUUAACCUUGUUUUAUGGCAUAUUGUUUAAGUCAUGUCUGUUUGCAGACAACAUUAACCUUGACCAUAACAUUUUAAUUUCAUAAGUGUCCAACUUUCUUUAAUUUCCUUUUUUUAGUGCAACAUUGUUUUGAAGAAAAAAUUCAUGUAUGUUAUAAUCAGGCAUUGUUAGUUCCUGGUGUAUUAUCAUACUUGGCCACAACAAUUCUUUUUGAUUUUGCUUGAUUUUGGCAAAAAGUGGCUCUAACUUUUUUAAUGUAUUGUCUUCAAACUUGACAAGACCUUCUUAAAGGUUCAAUUGACCUUGAGAUGACAUUGACCGUUAAGGUCAAAUUAUUGCAUACAUGGUUAAAUUGUCAUAAUUUUGUUAUUUAUAUAUGGAUUUGAUUUAUAUUUGGGCAAAACAGGAAUUUCUACCUAACAAACAUACUGAAUAAUUUAGAUGUGACCUUAACCUUUUUAUUUAAUUGACCUUGACAGUCAAGGUCAGAUAUUUGAAUUUUGCUUACAUUUUCAUAGCUUUGUAAUUUAUUUAUGGAAAUGGUUCAGACUAGAAUAAGACAGCAAGUAUGACUAAACAGACCUAUUUAGAUAAAAAGGAAACAUUUUUUCUCUUUAAUUUUCUUUCUACAUGAUUUAGUAUCACAUUGUUUUGUUGCUACUAAAAUAGGUUGGUCAUCAAAUGUGAAAUGUUUUGCUUAACUUUCUAUAAUGUUUAUGUCGAAAACAAUUGUUUAUAAAACAACUGAUGAUUAAGAAAGGGAUAUUAAAUUUGAAUGUAAUUGUUAGGUAUUAUGUUGUUGUUUUUUUUUAAAAUAAAAUAUAACUUUGACCUAUA